GCAAGGCCUGAGACGAGAAGGCAUCAUAUUCAUAGGCAUUACUCAUCAUUAGGCUCUAGCACUACUCUAUCUAUAUCCGUUUGUUCCUUCCUUUUUUCCCUCUUUUUUUUUUUUACUAUUAUUUUAUUUUUCCUAAUUGGUGCGCUAGCGACAGUGAUCACGUCAUCAUGAGAGUUACUCUACUUAAUGUAACAUCCAUUGCAGACUCUGGUUUUAUGGAAGGCUUCCCAAGUUUUAAGCUUAGGUUACAUACUCCAUCUCGAAAAAGCUGCUGCAAUUUUUGCUCACUCUGAUAAGCUUUAUCGCCCCGGUCCCCUCUAUAUAAAGGAAAGCUUCACCUACGCAAUUCCCUCACGCCACUCUCUCCUAUUUUCAUCCAUAGAUUUUGAUAUCAUUAUUGUUGUUAUGGGAGAGUUUGAGUUUGCUCCAACGGUGCUUGUGAGUGUGAGAGAGUUCGACCCAAAUAACGACAGAGAGGGAGUGGAAGCCGUUGAAAGAAUAUGUGAGGUUGGACCCAAUGGAAAGCUUUCCCUCUUCACCGACCUCCAUGGUGACCCAAUUUGCAGGGUCCGCAACUCACCUACUUUCCUCAUGCUGAUAGCCGAAAUUGGGCAAGAGACAGUAGGAAUGAUAAGAGGUUGCAUCAAAACCGUUACUUGCGGAAAAAAGCUCCAUAGGCAAGGAAAAAGCAACACGGAAACCGAACCAAAACAAGUCCCUAUUUACACAAAACUCGCAUACAUAUUAGGCCUCCGUGUUUCUCCACAUCACAGGAGAAUGGGAAUAGGUUUUAAGCUUGUACAGAGUAUGGAGGAAUGGUUCAGGGAUAACGGAGCGGAAUACGCGUACAUGGCUACGGAGAAAGACAACGUGGCAUCGGUUAAGUUGUUCACGGACAAAUGCGGGUAUUCAAAGUUCCGUACACCGUGCAUUCUCGCGAACCCCGUUUUUGCUCACCACGUGAGAAUCUCUAACAAAGUCACAAUCAUUGAGCUCUCACCGAAUGACGCCGAAUUGCUCUACCGCAGCAAGCUCGCCACGACGGAGUUCUUCCCGCGCGACGUGGACUCCGUGCUCGGCAACAGGCUUAGCCUGGGCACCUUCCUCGCCGUCCCGCGUGUUGGCUCGUACCAGCCCGACACGUGGUCCGGCUCGGCCCGGUUUUUAUUGGACCCACCACCUUCUUGGGCCAUUCUCAGCGUGUGGAACUGCAAGGAUGUGUUCACGCUCGAGGUGAAAGGCGUGUCGCGCGUGAAGAAGACGCUUGCCAAGACCACUCGCGUCCUCGAUCGCGUCUUUCCCUGGCUGCGCUUGCCGUCAGUCCCCAAUUUCUUUGAGCCCUUCGGGUUUCUUUUUUUGUAUGGGCUUGGUGGGGAGGGCCCGCAGGCCCAGCAGAUGUUACGGGCUUUGUGCGGGUUUGCCCAUAACUUAGCUAAGGAUCGUGGCUGCGAGGUCGUGGCCACCGAAGUUUCAAGCCAAGAACCCUUACGGUGUGCCAUCCCGCACUGGAAGAUGCUCUCAUGUGAAGAAGAUCUGUGGUGCAUUAAGAGAUUAGGAGAAGAUUACAGUGAUGGCUCUCUUGGUGAUUGGACAAAAUCGCCUCCAGGAUUCUCAAUUUUUGUUGAUCCAAGAGAGGUUUAAUUUUAGUUUGUAACAAUAAUUAGGAAAUCAGUAAUUAGAAAAGAAAAGAAAAGAAAAAAAAGUCUUUUUUUUAGUUUUAGAAUUUUUGUAAAGAUAGAAGGAAUAUCCUUUUGUUUUGUAAGAAUUUUGUAAAUAGAAAAAUGAAUUUGACUUUC